GAGCACUGGAAAUGUUCAAAUCUGAAACUCUUAUGGGGCGGCCCAUGCGUGUCAAGUGGUCUCUGAGGAACAACUGCCUUGGAAAACUGAUCAUCAAAAACCUUGACAAGUCUGUUGACAUCUUGACCAUUUUUGACACCUUCUCCAGAUUUGGGAAGGUCCUGUCAUGCAAGGUUGCUAAUGAGAAGGGCUCAAAAGGGUUUGGCUUUGUCCAGUUUGAGUCUGAGGAGGCAGCGAGUAGGGCACGGAAGAAUCUCAACGGCAAAUAUCUGAAAAACUGCAAAGUGUUCAUUGAGCGCUUUAAGCCCCAUGAGGAGCACAAGGCAGAGGAGAUGAACAGCAAGCAGGUGCAUGUGGGCCAAGAGCAGACUAAAGAAGACCCCCCACAAUAAGAAGACUGAACAGGAAACACUGAAGAGGUUCUUUAAUGACAGCAGCAAGAAGAAGAGAAGGAACU